UUUUCCACCUUUCUAAUUUUCUCGGAAACCUCUGGAUCCCUGCUGCCUUCAACAGCGCGAUCAAGGGGUUUCCCUGCUGCCUGGCCUCUUCAAUUUCGCAAACAUUUUUUCUUUUGGGGUUCAUUUUUCGGGUUUUUUAAAAAUUUUAUUUAAUUUCAGGUUUCAGAUUUUGAAGGCAGGGUCGUGUUGAUUUGUUAAGUUUCUCGGAGAUAUUGUGGUGAUUCCGUCGGGAAAAAUGAGUGAUCACUUGGUGUUGUACGUGGACCGUCUGAUUCGGCCGUCGGCGAUAGAGCCGGUGACUGAGCACCCGGCCGAGGUUCCUUCUGGCCCGCGAGAGGGCGGCCCAGGCGCUGAAUCUGCCGGACCGUCGUGUUCGGUGGAUGAGAAUGAGAGGGUUGUGCACAGUGAGAGCUCGGAUGAGGAGGAACCGCUGAUUCAAAUGGCGGAGUGCCGUAUAUGCCAAGAGGAGGAUAGCGUCGAGAACUUGGAGACCCCUUGUGCUUGUAGUGGCAGCCUCAAGUAUGCGCAUAGAAAGUGUGUUCAACAUUGGUGCAAUGAGAAAGGAGAUAUAACAUGUGAGAUCUGUCAUCAGCCUUACCAACCUGGUUAUACUGCUCCACCUCCUCCUCCCCACUCUGAAGAAACUGCGAUCAAUAUUGGUGGAGGUUGGACAAUCUCUGGAACUCCUUUGGAUCUUGGCGAUCCUCGCAUCUUGGCAAUUGCAGAAGCAGAACGUCAUUUUUUGGAAGCUGAAUAUGAUGAGUAUGCAGAUUCAAAUGCUAGUGGAGCUGCGUUUUGCCGUUCAGUUGCACUAAUUUUAAUGGCCCUUCUGCUCUUGCGGCAUGCAUUGAGCAUCACAGAUCCUGAUGCAGAAGAUGACGCGUCUACUUUUUUCUCUCUCUUCUUGCUUCGAGCUGCUGGGUUUCUAUUGCCCUGCUACAUAAUGGCUUGGGCCAUCAGUAUUUUGCAGCGUCGACGUCAAAGACAGGAGGCUGCAACGAUGGCAGCAAACCAAAUUGCUUUCGUGCUACAACCCGGGCAACGUGGGGGUUUGCAAUUUGCAAUAGCAUCAGGACCCACAGUGGCUUCACACCAGGAAACCGUUUAAUUUGAAUGUAGUUGCACCAACACUUCCAUGGUUUUAUGUGUCCUACUGAGAGAGUGAUUUGGCAGAAAUUAGUGAAAAAUAAAUACCGUAUGUUUCAUUUAUCUAGAGAUUUAAAAGAACCAAAAAAAUCAAGGUUAUGUCUGUGGUUAAUACUGUUGUGGCUUGUUGAAGAGCCAUGAUGUCUCCUUAUUAUGUUUUCUCAUGUAAUGUAUAUAGGAAUUUCGCAGUCCUCAGUUUGAGCACCUUGAUGCACCAGAUUUGUUAUCUGGAAUGUGCUGUCUUGUUCACAUAAACAAGGGUUGUAACCCAUUUAGUCAAUGAUUAUUCUUCGUUUUUUUUUCC